AUACGUAUUUCAUUUUUCUCUGUCCGUGGCUUUGGCAGUGUCUGCUUUUCUUCCAACAAGUGUGUCUUGUCCUCCUUCCCUCUCUCAGUAGCUUGUGAACUACAAAGACCGUCAAGAUGUCUGAGAAAAAGAUGACAUCCAGCCGUCGGCACCACUUGAAGAGCCUGGUUCUGCAGGUUGCUCAGCAAUGGCUUGACAAGGAAAAGAAGGAGAAUGCUGAGGCCAAAGAGGCUUAUAUGGCUGAGCACUGUCCUGCUCCAGACAUGGCUGGCGAUCAGGCUGCUCUCAUGGAAUACUGCAAGAAGCUCCAUGCUGCCAUUGACAAGAUUGAUGAGGAAAGGUAUGACAUCGAGGCCAAAGUCCAAAAGGCAGACAAAGAGAUUGAAGACCUAAAGAUCAAAGUUGUGGACUUGGUUGGAGUAAAGAAACCCGCUCUGAAGAAAGUGCGUAUGUCUGCUGAUGCCAUGCUUAAAGCUCUACUGGGCUCCAAGCACACAGUCAACAUGGACCUGAGGGCCAACCUGAAGCAGGUCAAGAAGGAGACCAAAGAGGAGCCAACAGAAGCAGUGGGUGACUGGCGUAAGAACAUUGAGGACAAGGCUGACAGGAAGAAGAUGUUUGAGUCUUCCUAAAUGUUCUCUGCUGCUCGUCUUUCUGUUUACAUGAACUACACGUGUCUUAUGUGCUGGUCGACGUAGGCAAUUAAUGUUCAUCUCACAGCUGAGGCUUGGUGUGCCUCAGGGGAGUUUUCUGCAGGAAAUGUAACGUGUCAGAGUGACUGAGAGGGAGUUUUUGCACCUUGUUGCAGUCUGGAGGGAGAGGGAGGAGAGUGGAGUUUCAGGUUCACCACAGAAAUAUCAAGUCUUCGGUUCCACACAUACAGUAAAACACUCACCCCAAACGAAACAAUAAAUAUAAUAAAAUCAAAUGUGGAAGAAGA